UUCUUAAGCUGGGUUUACACUAGCAAGUCGCUUGCAGAAAUUAUUGCUGCAAGUUAUUACGAUCCGCUUGCAGCUGUGUUUACACUACAACGCAAGAAUUAAGCAAGAUUAUUCCGCAAGUACUUUGGCAAGAAACUUGCGUCCACAAGUUGCAGAUACUGUUUACAUAUGCUUUCAGUACAACUACGAGUGUCUGCCGAAGUAUAAAAUGACAAGUAGGCGUGUGAGAUGUGCUGCAGCUCUUGUAAUUUUAAUGAAAAACGUGAAAAAGAAGAAGAGAAGUAUUUGGGUUAGAGAGUGGAUAAUGAGAAGAUCGCAAUAUGGUGCCUAUAAUAACCUUUUGCAAGAACUUAGUAUCGAGAGCAUGGAUACGUUUGAAAACUUUUGCAGAAUGUCCUCAAAUGAUCUGGAGUGUUUGUUGACAUUAAUAGCGCCCGUCAUAUCAAAACGAGACACAAAGUUCCGUACUGCUAUUUCAGCAAAGGAACGUUUGCUUGUCACUCUACGAUUUAUAGCUACAGGAGACUCAUACAGGUCCCUGAUGUACUUGUUUCGUAUUCCGGUCAGCACGAUUUCCCUGAUCGUACCUGACGUAUGUAGAGCCAUUUUUGACGUAUUGAAAAGGGAAAAUUAUUUGAAGACUCCUGAAACAACAAGCGAGUGGAUGCAGGUGGCAAAGGGGUUUGAAGAGAACUGGAACUUUCCACACUGCGUUGGGGCAUUGGAUGGGAAGCAUAUUGUGAUGCAAGCUCCAAAAGACAGUGGAAGCUAUUAUUAUAAUUAUAAACAUUGCCACAGUGUUGUAUUAUUGGCACUUGUAGAUGCCAGCUACAAGUUGUUAUACAUGGAUGUAGGCUGCAAUGGAAGAGUUUCAGAUGGUGGUGUAUUCAGUACCUGUUUCUUAUCUUCAGCCUUGGAGCAAGUACAUCUUGACAUUCCUCUGCCCAAACCACUUCCUGGCAGAGAAAAGGACACCCCCUUUGUAAUCAUUGCAGAUGAUGCAUUUCCAAUGAGGUCAUAUUUAAUGAAGCCCUAUCCAUUCCAUAACCAGCCGGGUCCGAACAGAGUGUUUAAUUACAGGUUAUCGAGGGCCAGAAGAGUUGUGGAAAUUUUUUUUGGACACAUUGCACAACGGUUUAGGAUAUUGAGGCGUCCAUUGUUACUAGGUCCAGAAAAAACUGUGACAAUAGUUUCAGCUAUAUGUGCCCUACACAAUUUCUUAAUGGACAGGAAAGAUGGCAGUUAUGCAAACUGAAGUAAUUUUGAUGUAGAGGAUGUACAGAAUGGUGAGGUAAUAGGGGCCUCAUGGAGGAAUGAAGAGCAAGGAACACACAAUUUAAUCCCCAUUCAAACAGGGCAAUGUAACAGAAAUUCUCACAAUACUAGAGCAAUUCGUGAAGAAUUCAUGAAUUACUUUGUAUCGCCAUUAGGUGAAGUACCUUGGCAGUACAGAUAUAUUUAAAAUGUAAACUGUAAACUUGGAAAAUAUAUUUGCUGCCUGCGACUUAUCAUUUAUAGCCUUACCAUUAAGUUCAAUAGUGGUGUUCUUUUCUGUGGCUGGCUGCCCCAGCACUCAUUUCACUAAAUUCUAUAUGGCCCUAAGCAUGUUUUUGGAGUUACUGAUUUCUGACAUUACAUACAUGUUCCUGGACUUUAUAGUAAAG